AUGGCGGCUGAUGCCCACCCCCCAUCCGGUCCGAGGUGGCCGACCAACUCACCUUCCGCCGAGACGACCGAGCCGCGCGUUGAAACCGAGCGCGAAAGCUCGCGAAGCCAUGCAAUCGCUCGAGGACGUGGCUACCACGUCGAGGAGAGCGGCGAGCGAGACCACGCGGGCGGUUACGACGCGAGGAGCACGCGCGUCUGGGAUUUUAUAUGGAGCCAACAGCCGGAUCGAGACGGGGAAGUCAGGUAUACAGAUGCUCCUGGAGGCGAUCAACGAACAACGAGACGAAAUGUACCGAAUGAUUACCUGAGCAGCGAAACACGAUUGGCGAACUACGCGAGGACCCAGCUUUCUGAAGAACUGAGACAAGCGCGGGAUCAGAUUGAUACCCUUCAACGCCACCCGGUAGCCAUGGCUUCGUCCCAACCAAGCGCAAGAGGGUCAUACGCCGAAGUCGCUCGCACCCCACCAUCAAGCCAGCCAAGCGGUGUGCGCACCCUCUCCUCGCGAAACACGACGCCUUCAUCCUUUACCGACACGUUGUUCUGUACGAUCGAUACAUCUAGGGUGGAGGAGAAAGAGAAGGGAAACGUCCAGGUGGCGGACAUUAGAAAGGCAAUCGAGACAGAGGCCAGGGCACAGGAAAGCAUGGGAGACUGGCGUUGCGCUGCGGUUGUGAAGGAGGCCCGAAACCCGGACCGAGUCAGAGUAAUUUGCAGGGACGAAGGCGAGGUCCAGCUCGUCAAGGAAGCGGCAGUGAAGAUCAGUGUUCCUGGAGUGCGGGUAUUGAGAGACCAGUUGUACCCGGUGAGGGUAGACAAUGCCAACCGAACAGCGGUCCUCGAUGCGGACGGAAACAUCCUGCGGGGAGCCGCAGAGGCGCUAGGGACAGAGAACGACGUCAACAUUGCGAAGAUUGCCUGGCUCAGCAGGAAGGAUACAAGCAAGGCCUACGGCUCGAUGGUUGUCUACGUGACGAAGGGCAGCGAAGCAAGGCGACUUCUAGACGGGCGUUACUUCCAUCUCGCCGGAGAAUCCGCUUACACGACCGUUUUCGCGCCCCGGGAAGGCCCAAUCCAGUGCUACAGAUGCCAGGAGAUCGGCCAUAAAGGCCUUCGCCUGCAAAAAGCCGCAAAGAUGCGGAAGGUGUGCGGAACAGGGUCACUCACUCACAAGACGUGUCAGUUCCGUGGUCCUGAAACGCUUAAGAUCCUUCAGCUCAACGUCCGCAAACGGAGAGAAGUGCAGCAGAGUCUGCUAAACGACGAGGGACUCAAGGACUUCGCAGUGCUGGCCAUCUCCGAACCAUAUGCCAGGCUGAUCGAAGGCUCGGUGACGACGGUCCCAAUGAGUCAUCACAACUGGACGAAGCUUAUACCAACGACAAGACGAGAAACCACGUGGCCAAUUCGGAGCAUGCUAUGGGUACGAAGCGAUAUAGAGGUCGAGCAGAUUCCAGUGCCGUCGGCAGACCUCACCGCAGCACGCAUUCGGCUCCCAGAUCGGGCAGUGCUGAUGGUGUCAGUGAGGUUUCGAAACGGAACAGGGACGAGAACGGAUAUCAUCCUGGCGGGCGAUUUCAACCGCCACGACCAGCUUUGGGGAGGGGACGAUGUCUCACCACGGAGACAAGGCGAGGGAGACCGCAUCAUCAACCUCAUGGACGAACACUCCCUCUGCAGCCUCCUCCCAAGAGGCACGAAGACGUGGCAGUCAGGCGACAUUGAGAGCACAAUCGACCUGGUACUGGCCUCUGCAGAACUAGCAGACCAACUACUCAGAUGCACGAUUCACCCCUGCGACCAUGGCUCAGACCACAGAGCAAUCGAGACAGCUUUUGACACCACGGUGGAGGACCGUCCCAGUGAGACGAGGUUCCUCUUCAAGAACGCGCCCUGGGCGGAAAUUAGGACUAGGGUGGCAGCAAACCUCGAACGCAUCCCCUGGGACGGCAAUGUCCAGCAGCAGACGGACAGGCUCAUGGCAGCGGUAACCGAGGCGGUCUACGGCCUGACACCUAAAGCCAAGCCCUCACCAUACGCCAAGCGGUGGUGGACAACAGACCUGACACGGCUUCGCCAGACAUACACGUUUUGGAGAAACCAGGCGAGAUCUCGACGUAGGAUUGGGCAAACAGCACCAGAGCUCGAACAACGAGCCAGGAUGGCAGCUAAAGAGUACUACGACGCCAUCCGCAGACAGAAGAGUUCGCAUUGGAACGACUUCCUGGCCGAUGACGCUAACAUCUGGCAAGCAACGAAGUAUCUGCAAACCGGCAGCGGCACGAUGGGCGAUAAGAUACCCCCGCUCGUCCGACCCGAUGGCUCCAUCACGGAGGGUAAAGCAGAACAAGCGCAGGAGUUACUCACCGCCUUCUUCCCACCUUUGCCAGCGAGAAUCGAAGACGAGGGCCAACGACCUCAACGGGCGCCGGUACACAUGCCAGACCUAACAAUGGAGGAGAUAGAACAAAAGGUCCUGUCCGCUAAGCCAUGGAAGGCGCCCGGGGAAGACGGUCUACCGGCAAUGGUAUGGAGACAGCUCUGGCCAGUGGUCAAAGACAGGGUGCUCCAUUUAUUCCGGACGUCGCUUCGAGACGGCGACAUCCCCAGCCAGUGGAGGAAUGCCAAGAUCAUCCCAUUGAAGAAGCCAGGGAAGAGCGAAUACACUCUAGCCAAGUCCUGGAGACCCAUCUCGCUGCUCUCCACGCUGGCGAGACAGCUAUUUGUUGCGACAGUAGCCCCGGUCAUGGACUACGCUGCCAAUGUCUGGAUGCAUGCGUGCGGGGAAAAGGCACUGAGCUGGCUGAACAGGGCGCAGAAAAUCGGGGCCCUGGCCAUCACGGGAGCCUUUCGAACCGCGGCAACAGCCGUGGUGGAAGCUGAAGCGAGCAUCUACCCCGUACGAGAACGACACGCCCAGGCGGCAGCCAGUCUGUGGAUCAACAUCCACACGCUGCCCGGAACGCAUCCCCUUGCCAUGAAGAAAGUCCGGAACACCGUACGAUUCGUAUCUCCGCUGCAGAAAAUUGCCCGUGUGGCCGAAGGAGUACGAGUUGACCGGAUGGAGACAAUCCAGGAAUACGCCGUCCCGCCCUGGGCACCUCGCCUACGACCGACGCUCGAAGCCGAUCGAGGGAAGGCGGCCGAGAUGGUCAACAAAAUUUCGGGAAUCGUGAUCGCAACCAGCUCAUCCGUAAAGAAGGGCAUUGUUGGCAUGGGCGGCCUUGCACGGGAUAUUCUCUUCAACAGAACUAGCGAGACUGUGACAAACUAUGCUGUUGUUCUUGGGACAAGGGAAGAGCAGAACCCAUAUACAGCAGAGCUAGCAGCCAUCGCAAUGGCCCUGGAGAAGUUACCGGCUAGCAUCUGCCACAGGCACAUCACCGUGAUCACGAGGAACCAGUCAGCGCUGGCAGCAGUUGGACAGCCGCGGCAGCAAUCCGGCCAAAGCAUCAUACGGCAAAUCUACGACUUGGCCAGGCUGCACCGACAAAGAGGGAACUCGGUCAACUUUCUGUGGAUACCAGCGGAGAUUGACUUCGCACUGGGGUCAGAUGCCAAGGCAGCAGCCCAGAGAGCGUCGAAGCAAGGACGCACACCCGACUCCCAAAUACCCCAGGCCAAGUCUACCGCGAUGAGGCUGGCAAUGGAAAGACAACGGGCGACAAGAGUUCUACCUGUAAGCGUGGGCAAGUUCUCAAAGGCCAUGGACGCAGCACUACCAGGCAAGCACACGCGCCAUCUCUAUGACAAGCUGAAGCGAAGGGAGGCCUGCGUAUUGGCGGAGCAGCUGACCGAACCGGAAUGGCGUAGACUGAACGGUUUUUUGAGCAGGAUUGGGGCGGUCGAGUCAGACCUUUGUGCCUGUGGACAAGCGAGGGAAUCAGUGGAACACUUUCUUUUCCGAUGCGUGAGAUGGACAGCUCUGAGGGAAGACAUGCUGCAAUGCACAGUGGCAAGACGAGGAAGCCUCUCGUUCUAUCUGGGAGGGAAAGCGCCAUCAGAUAUAAGGAAUUGGUCACCAGAUAUGAAGGCAGUCCGGGCGACGAUCAAAUACGCAAUGGCAACAGGAAGGCUGGAGCUGAAUGAGGAGGAGAGUCUAGACCAGUCACAGUAG